GGGACCAGAACGUUCUUCGGUGGAAACCCGGCUACUGGAACCCGCCGUCGCGUGAUGAAAACUCUAACUGCGUUGACGUCACCGCGCGUGCUACUGAGGACAAAGCAGCCGUUAGCUCCUGCGUUAGCAUCGCGCUUAAAGGCCCCGCCGCGCGCCACACAAACUUGAGCGACUUUCCGAAGAGACACAAAGUUUUUUUUUCCCCACCGCAGUCACCGCUUAUAUUCACGGCCUGAGAGACCAGUCAUGCCGUUGCAUUAUCGCCCGCCAAAUACAUUUGCUGCUUUGCUGGCGAUCAACACUAAAACCUGCGUCCUACUAACUUUAUUUUCACCGGUUUAAAGUUAUUAAAUUCACCAAAGGUCUCAAACAUGGUCACAGCUGAACAAUAAAUCACCACUUUUCCAUAACACCUCCAGUCAGUAUAUAACUACUUGUUACUACCCUGGAAUCCUGUCAUAUGUUUAAGCUUGUGUUGGCUAGUUCCACAAAAAAAGCACCGUUUAUUUUGCACUCCAUGAGUCAAAGCCAUUUAACCCCGACUUGUAUUAAAGAUGGCCACUCAGCAGCGAUAGAGCGCCACGCUGCCCCCCCCCCCCAACAAUGGCACUGAGCAGGAAGAACGCGACACCACUGCUGACACCACUGAAGACACCAACCACGACCCUCAGUUUGAGCCAAUCGUGUCACUACCUGAGCAGGAUGUGAAGACAUUAGAGGAGGAUGAAGAGGAAGUCUUCAAAAUGCGGGCCAAACUCUACCGGUUUGCUUCUGAAAGUGACCCCCCAGAGUGGAAGGAGCGGGGCACCGGCGAUGUCAAGCUGCUGAAGCACAAAGUGAAAGGCACAGUGCGUCUCCUGAUGAGGAGGGACCGGACGCUGAAGAUCUGUGCCAAUCACCAGAUCGUCCCCAUGAUGGAGUUGAAGCCCAACUCUGGCAGUGACCGAGCCUGGGUCUGGAACACACCAGCCGAUUAUGCAGAUGAAUGUCCCAAACCAGAGCUCCUGGCCAUUCGCUUUUUAAAUUCAGAAAACGCUCAGAAGUUCAAAGCCAAGUUUGACGAGUGCAAGCAGGAAGUGAGCAAACACGAAUCAGGUGAUGGCACCAACGACGUGGCAGAGAAGUUGGAGGAGCUCUCAGUAAAAGACAAAGCAUCUAAGGAAAAUGAGGAAGACAAAAAGACGAAGGACGAUGACAAGGAGGUAGCGGCGGAGGAGAAGAAUUGAGGGAGCGAGAACUGGCUUUGCAGAUCGUCGACUUAUUACCUGAUCCUUUUUUUUUCUACAAUAGACUCUUGAGAACUAAAUUCUUCACUUGCAUAUUAGUUGUUUUUUUUUUUUUUUAAUGAUCUGUUUUGCCUCAAGAUCACGAGUCGAUGCUACUGGGAGAGAGAGAGAACACGCGGUGAUAUGACGUGAGAUCCCCUUCUCUUCCUGGCUCCCGCCACA